AUGUCGCAUCAUUGCCAUGACGAGCAUGCCGAGGGAGGCGGUCACCAUAGUCACGAUGGGCAUGAUCAUUCGGAUGAUAUAACGCCGGCUCUCCAGUUCUCGCUCUACCAGCAUAUCAACUUUGACGAGGUCACAACUCUGAACGAGGCGCAAUAUGGCUCCGGCAAGGCCAUCGUAAAAAAGACAUGGGCAGAGCGACUGGACGAGGAGCCCGAGUUGGUUAGUGACUUGGAUGAGCAACUCAUCAUCAACGUCCCCUUCACCGGGCAGGUCAAGCUCCACGCCAUCUCCCUGAGGACGUCCAACUCGCCGAGCGCGCCCAAGACGCUCAAGGUGAUCAUCAACCGCGACGACGUCGACUUCGGGUCGGCCGAGGAGCUCGAGGCGACGCAGACGUUUGAGCUCUCGCAGACAUCCGAGGUGCAGGAGCUCCCCGUGCGGCGGGCCCGGUUCGCCGCCACCCGGCGCCUGACCCUCUUCUUCCCGGACAACUUCGGCGACGGCGACGAGGACCAGACCCGCGUCGGCUACCUCGGCUUCAAGGGCGAGUGGAUGCAGCUCGGCCGGGCGCCCGCAAAUAUCAUCUACGAGGCCGCUGCGAACCCGAGCGACCACGCCGUGAAGGGGACGUCGGCUAACCAGAUGGCUAGCCAUCUUGGUGGUCGGGAUCGAGGCCCGUGA